AGACCAGCGAGCCAUCGUUCCGGGUCUCCGUGCGGGUGGUGGCGGCGUCCAUUCCGGGGCUCGCCGCGCCCGGGGUGCUGUCGCACCGCCCGUUCCUGGAGGCCUCCCUGGGCGAGUCCAGAAAGGCGACGGAGUUCGCCGACUUCGCGCGAGAGCCCGAGGGCGCAGCCUGGCGCGAGUGCCCGUGGCGGUUCAGCGACACCCUGACGUUCCGGGCGCGCGCCGCGGACGUGGCGGGGCCGGGCGUCAAGAUCAGCCUCAAGGCGCGCAGGGACGUGGUCUUGGGGCCGGUGCAGCUGGAGAUGCAGAGCGCCGACAUCGGGGAGGGCGUCGUGGACCUGCGGGGGCAAGCGCUGCCAGCCUGCGGGUGGGGCGAGGCCACCUGCCCGAGCGAGUGGGCCAGCCCCGUGCUGCUGGUGCCGCUGGUGCACGUGCGCGGGGGCAUCUGCGGCGCGGAGGCGGGCCUCGGCGAGAAGGUGGCGCACCUCGCAGUAGUCGUCAGCGUGGACGCCGACCCGGAGGAGGUCCUCUUGGCCGCGGCGCGGGCCGGCGGCGGCGGCAGGGCGCGCGGGGCCGGCGGCGGCGCGCUGGGGCGGGGCCUGGCGGCCGCGGCCGCGCGGCUUGAGGAGAGGGUGAGCACGGCGAUCGAGUGGCUGGACAAGCCCGUUGACGUCGGUGGGCUGGUGGCGCCAGUCGACGCCGCGGUCCCCCGGCAUCCUUCCUUCGAGGGAGAGGCGCGAUGAGCCGGGUGUUGCAAGAAGUGCUCCUGGCCCAAGCAAGGUGCCCC